AUGGAACAACCCAUGGAUGCAGAAAUGGAUGAGUGGGAGUACGAGUAUCACUACACCGAAACAGAGUCCUUCUAUCUAAACCUAGACCUCUCCUCCGUCCACGGACCCAUCCGCCCACCACGCCGACGCCAACAAGAAGACACCACCACCAACGCAGAAGAAGACGGAUUAUCACAAUCAAUCCCACCAGAACCCUCAAUUGAAAACACCACAACCACCGAACUCUUCACGCCCCUCGAACCCACCGAACCAGAGGCUCUAGCCAACGAACGAAUCCAGAUCCUCGGUCUCCACACGUGCAACCCAAUCGUCUCAUACUGUGACCAACUCUUCAGCUGCACCUGGGCCGAUCAAAUAGGCACAGAACUGAUCUUCGCCCACCCAGACGCUCACCCAGAUACAAGCAAUGGCACGGGCCAACCCCUCCCCGCCCCACUCCUGCAGGGUCCCUCCUUCGAGCUUCUCGCCGCCAACAGCGUGAAGAUCCUCGGCCGCAAGGCCAACAUUACCUCCAGCGCUAGCUCGGGAUUGGUCGCUGAGACGCAGAUAGGGACUAGCACGAGCGUUGCGACUCCUACCUCUGCAGAUGAGACCCAGACUCCCGUGACCGCGAGUGUGCCCCGCCGCGCGAUCCAGCCCUCGCAUCAGGCGAAUUUCCUGGCGCGUCUGCAGAGUAUUAAGACGGCGAGGGGAGAGACGGAUACAGUACGGACGACUUUUAACGCGAGGCGGAAUGUGAAUAUUGCCGAUCGGUUGGGUGCGUGGGCUCGUACGGAGGCCCAGUUGGCGGAGAUUCAUGCGUUGAAUGAUCGUGCACGGAAAGGGGAUGCCGAGGCGAUUGCGGCGUUGGAACAUUUGAUGUAUGAGCUUGCGCAGCAACAGCAGCAGCGAGAGGAGGAGGAGGAGGAAGAGGAGCAGCCGUCAUCGCUGCUCCCGAUUGACCCCCAGCUCAUGUGA